GUAGGAAUUGCCAGGAUCUUUGCACAGUUUAUGUCCGAGUUAUGCCACGGUUUAGCUCGGUUCCUGUCAAAAUUUGCCAGAAAACGCGAGCGAAACCGAGUUCGCCCUAGCUCAACUAACCCGACAGGAUACGCGCAGAAAUCUGACAGGGCUGCCAAACCAAGACUUACAGAAAUCUAGCAGAGCGGUCUCUGUUAGAAAAUUUGCUCACUGGGCAGACAGUAAUUUGUAUUACAGCUCGAUAUUUAGAGUACUUUAAUUGGUUUCUAUUAUCUACUGAAUUGAACAAAUAUACGUUUAAUUUCGGCUAAGCAUAAUGCGCUCCACUGUGCCAUGCCGCUCACAUAAAGCGGUAAAUGGACAAUACGAUUGGCACAAAUGCUUCAGAUUCUUUAUCUAUGGAGGCUUCAUAGUAGCACCAUCACUCUAUUGCUGGAUUCGGUUGGCCUCAAUGAUGUGGCCAGCACAAAACCUCAGGUCUGCUAUAGCAAAGGCUCUCACCGAACAAGUCAGCUAUACACCGCUGGCCAUGACAUGUUUCUACUUUGGCAUGAGUUUAAUGGAAUCAAAAACGAUCGAAGAAUCGUUUCAAGAAGUAAAAGCCAAAGUGCCGCCAACAUAUAAGGUCGCUCUUUGCAUUUGGCCUUUAUUACAAACUUUUAACUUUUCUGUUGUGCCAGAAAAAAAUCGUGUACCUUUCGUCAGUAUGUGCAGUUUGCUUUGGACUAUUUUUCUUGCAUACAUGAAGCAGCUAGAGUUGGAAAAGUUGCAGCAGAGCGCUACCAUUAUGAAUACAUAGAAGUUGUAAUAUACCUAUACAUACUGUGAAUAUGCUUCCACUGAUCAAUAAAAAGUUUAUUUCAAGAUUCUUUUA